AUGCCUUCUGCCUUCAACCAACGAAAGCCAACGGCAGCCAACAUGUAUUUGCGACGGCCUAAAGAGCAUUCCGUCGGCUGUGUCGCCUCUGUCCGAUAUCUAAAUAUAAGCGCCGCGGCGACUCGACGGACGUGGACGUCCCGCAUUUAUUAAUAGCAAGUCGAACGUGAAUCUCGGAGUUUUGGAGUUCGGUGUUUCUCUUUCCUUAGGCCAACGACGAUUACAGUCAUUCGAGUCUCGGAAAAUUCGGCAUCGAAAAUAAGGAAACUCUCUCUCAUUCGUACGUCGGAUGCGAUCAUUGUGAUAGUCGUUGUCCCGAGCGAAAGAGAAUCCGCUGUUGUGAGACGAUUUUAUCGAGUUUCGGGUGGUUUGUUUAACGCGUGUGUGGACUGCAAUCGGGUAAACAAUUGAGCCUCUAAUGAUGGGAAAAGUCUCGCAUUCGGCCGCUAUUCGGUGACGGUGACGUAAUUGUGAGGAAUGUUCAUCCCUGACACGCUGCGCAGCUGCAUGGUGGAACCCGAUGUAUCCUCAUAUCUGCAGACGCCGUCCUCGGGACAGGACGAAUUCCAUCCUUUCAUCGAGGCACUCCUGCCCUUCGUCAAAUCCUUCUCCUAUACAUGGUUCAACCUGCAAGCUGCCAAGAGGAAAUACUACAAAAAGCACGAGAAGCGGAUGUCCUUGGAGGAGGAGAGGCAGUGCAAAGAGGCUCUGCAGAACGAGAAGGCGGAGGUCAAGCAGAAAUGGGCGUCCCGCCUGUUGGGCAAGCUGCGCAAGGACAUCACCCAGGAAUGUCGCGAGGACUUCGUGCUGAGCAUAACGGGCAAAAGGUCCGCCGUUUGCGUCCUGUCCAAUCCCGAUCAGAAGGGCAAAAUGCGCCGAAUAGACUGCCUCCGUCAGGCCGACAAAGUCUGGCGACUCGAUCUCGUUAUGGUGAUAUUAUUCAAAGCAAUUCCUUUAGAAAGUACCGAUGGUGAGAGGUUGGAGAAGAAUCCGGAAUGCCAACAGCCCGGCCUUUGUGUUAACCCAUAUCAUAUUAAUGUUUCAGUUAGAGAAUUGGAUCUCUAUCUAGCUAAUUUCAUUAAUAGUCAUGAAAUACUCAGCGGAGUGUGUUACAAUAACAAUCAUCACAAUAAUAACAAUAAAAAAGAGGACGAUAGAAAAAAUAAGGGAUACACGCACAAUCCUUAUAACGGCGUAGUUUGUAAUGAUAUCAUUUUAGCAACUGGGGUUUUUUCAUCGAAAGAGUUAUGGAAAUUGUCAAAAUCGUCAAUUCUGCAAGAGUUGUCCGAGAACCACCCGAACAUGAACAGCGUUAAGUUGGAACAUCCGCCGUUUUACUGCAACAGCUACCAAGAGUCCGGCCCCGUCGUUGUCGAUAGAUCAUCAUCGGUCGAUUCGAUGGUUGUUUCGGCAACAUACUCGAUGCCGCAGAAUACGACACUAGUAUCGUCCAGUUCCCAAGCCAGCCCGGGCACGUUGUACUACCAGCACAGCCCGGAAUCCCACCCUCACCAAAACCAAGUGAAAUACCCGGAAAACGGCCACGACACCCUCUCCGAUUUCGUCACGUUCGUUUGCCAAGAAAACGACAACAACCAAAACGCCCAGAUCCAGUCGAACCUCCCGCGCAGCCCCAAGCCGCAGUACUUCCCGUCGGCGAUGCUGCCGCCGCCGCCGCUGCCGCCGAUGGCCCGGCCGGUCGCCAUCAUCCGGUCCACCUGCGACGUCAACAUGAGCGGCACCAACUCGCCACCGGCGAGCAUAACGCCGCCGUGCAGCGAGGCGUCGCCCGCUGACGAGGUACCGGACAUUAACCCCUCACCGCCUAGCCCUGGAAGCCACGACAUGCGGAAAUCACCGUCGCAAAGAAACUCAGUCCCGACCAGUAGUCCGUAUUCUCCUAGUCGGGAGUAUUCUUUCAAUCAUUUCCACGGGCAGCCGGGACAUCUAUUCAGCUAUCCGAGUAUGGCAGGGAUGUCUGGUGUCAUCAGCCCCACCAACCUCAGUAUGUACUCUCCAGGUGUGAGUACGACGAGAGGUACACCCCGCUCUAGCAGCAUAACCAGGUGGAACAACCCGCUGUUCACGCUGGACCAGGAGGACUUCAGCAUGAUAACGCACACGUCGAACGCGGAGCCGAGCGCCAUUAUCCUGAUGGACGAGGCCUCGCCGACGGCGGCGCCGGCCCCGGACCCAGCGGGACAGUGUUGUAACAGUGCAAACAUGAUCUGUGACGCGGACCGGUUUUUCCAGGCCGGUGACGGCCUGGAGGGCGCCGAGUCGAGGGAGCCGGAUCGGGGCCUGAUAGCGCCGAAGUCGCCGUAGCGCGGGAGAGACGAUGGCGGUGCGCCUUAUCGACGUCGAGUCGCUUGUCGCGCGAUCAGUAGGUGCUCAACUGAAUUAUAUUUUUAAGUUGUAAACGUAGAAUUGGGUGCCAAGACAGGCUGUGCAAAUUUGUUCUGGGAUCGACUAAAUCGAAUGCGGCACACGUUCGAUUUGAUGGAUCGCCAUUAGGACAUAUUUAAGAGAAUCGUUGCGGUACUGCGAGUAUUGCGACGAUUGAUAUUUUUUUUUGGUAGUUCACCAACGAUUUCGACCGUCGUUCUCGUUCUUGAACUUGAUAAAAAAAUUGAACAUAUGAUGUUUUGAUAUAAUCGAACAAAAUUUAUAUAAAAAAAAAGAUUGAAGAACCAAAUUGAUAUAUUUUUAGUGGUUUAGGUAUAUAGAAAAGAUGAAAAACACGUUUGACACAAACUAAAAAUAUAGCACGGCUUGUUUAAUUUCGUUCCUUGAACCGGAUCGAAUGUCCAGCAGUGCUUGUCUUCCACAUACGAGCUUAUUGCGUAAGCAAGCAGUGAGCUGGAUCUGUGCCUUAGUAUUACAAUAAUACUGAUAAUAGAAUAAUCUUAGAUUGAUUAGAUAUUCGAUGAUCGAGCUUUUUUGCUCACCGGUGCAUUCACCACUUUACCGUGUAGUGAGUCACUCCGAGACUUUGGCUUCACAGAAAUGUGAUAUUAUGAAGUGUAUUCGUAAUUACUAUGUAAUAAAUCUCAAUAAACUUCAUGCUUGAAUACUAGAAACGCAAUACGAAAUCUCUUUAACAACUGUUGCAUGAGUUUUUGUCGAAAAUGUAUUAAAAUGCUGGUUGUUUCGCGAUAUAACCGCCAUUCAAAGCCUAGAGAAUUUUGAAUGCAAGUUAUACGUUCUACCGGUAACUUCAAAAUUUAAUAAAAGCAACGAUGCCUUAACUGUAAAUACAUUUUUAAGCGAUUUUGAUAUUGAUUGUUGAAAGUUUUUAAUUCUUUGAUGAUGAAACGAAUAAUAAAAAAGUUGUUAAAGACAUUACAUAUACUAAAAAGACACAUAUAUAUUCAAGGUAUCCGUGAACAAUUUGCUUCAUAGAUAAAUAGAUGUACUUACAAUAACAAAUGAGUUUUUGUCACAUUCAAUAGUUUGGAAAAAGCCGGAAAAAAUAUUAUUUUCGCGGAAACCCUGAAUGUACUUUUAUACCAGAUUAUUUUACCAGUUACAUAAUGUCAACGAACACAUUUUUAGCAGGUUUUUUUAUUUAAUUUAAAGAGAUAUUGAAAGCAAAUACAGGUCAAUUUCAAUUUCUUUCAUAAAUCACAAAUAACAACGGCUAAAAAUGUGUUUCUCCAGCACAUCGAAUAAUCUGUUAUAAUAUUUAAAACAAGAGUGAAAAAUAAAGCGAUAAUAUUGAAAGUGUAAUUAAAAAAUACAUAAAUACAGUCGCUACGCAAGAAGAAUAUAUUUACAAAAAACCAGUUCAAUUAUGCUACGAUUCAUUUACUAUUAUAAAAAUUUUUCCUAAAAGUUAUUACUUACUGUUUCAAGCAUUAAUAUUAAUUUACAACAAAUCGAUCAAUUUCUUUGUUCCCGAAAGUGUGUAAAUAUGCUCUUCGUUGCGCGAAAAAUAUAUUGAAAUCUUACUGUGAUUAAAUACCUAAAAGUAGUCAUCCUGAGCGAUGGAUCCGUGAAAACAGGUCAUCAUGGAUCCUCCAGGUCGCGCUCUCAUUUGACUCCUUUAUUUCUAGUCAUGUUUAGCAGAGUGAUCUUGACUGAUGUAUCUACUCCCUCCGUUGUUAUUAACAAUAUUGCUUUAGUGAACACUCUGCAGGUUUAUUGUGUUUCGUUAAUCGGGAAAUACUGAAGUUGAUAGAUCCGUUCAUUGGAGUUUAUUUACGAGGAUUGUUUAAUUUUAAUAAUGUGCUUAUUUGGAGUAUCCUUUACUUGUUAUGGUGAUGGAAUUUUAAUAUGCUCGAACGCAGUUCAGUGUAUUUAACGAACUCAUCACCGAGCGAGUUAUAUACUUCUAAUAAAUCCACAAUUGAUUAAUUAUAAUAUUUAUUACGAUAGAGUGUUAACUUUUUUAUAUUAGUUAUUUUCGUCGUUUGUAUAGAGUAUCCAAAGGUCUUCCUUGUAAGAUUGUUUAAAUACGAAAGCGAAAGGGGACAAUCAACGAAAUUUAUUCAACAUGGUUGUGAAUAAUAGCGGUUUAACAACGAACAAAUCUGUCCCAGUUCUUCUGGAUUAAUAACAAAAUAUUUAACUUUAGUUGUUGCAAAUAUGGUUCAAAUUGUGUGAUAAUUUUUUUCUAAUUUUUUUUAUUCCUUAGGGUCUAGGCUAGGUUUGUUGUAAAUUAAAAAAAUAUAUAAUGAACUCAUCUAUCGACUCAAUCACACUUAUAACUAUCAACGCCGAGUUAUUAGUAUUGUUUUACUGUACAUAAAUAUAAAAAUGUAACAAUUAUUUCUUAUGCAUACUUAGAGAAUCGGGUGAUAUUUAACCAGUGCCAUUGGUAUUGUUGAUUCUGUUGUUAGGUCAAAUAUUUGUAAUAGUUAUUACUCUUUAGUUAUUUAGUAUAUUUAAGCGAAAUGUAUGAAUUUAAUUCUUGAAUUUAAGGAAAAUAAAUCAGAGGGUUUAUCGUUUCAUA